UGAUAUUUACAACCAAUCAGAAUUGAGUAAGGAUUUUACUUCAUGAGAGUUCACUUGAAGCUGGUGUAACACAUUCCAAUGCAUUCUUAGUUACACUUUCUAUUGAUAACUAUCCAAUGUUCCAUUGAAAAUCAACUAUAUGUGAGCCUCAAAGAUUUCACCAUAUUGAAAUUAUUUAGUCCGUUUGUCAUUUGCUCAAUAAUGCCUUCUACUUUUUAAAUUAUCAAUACUCUAAUACAGGAGAAAAAAUAGUAACUAAUGAAUUUCCUUAAGUUGUCAAAAAUGAAAUUUAUCAAAAUAAAACCUGAAAAACUUCGAACUGCCUUUUAUCAUAUAUUAUCUACAUGUGUAUUGUUAUUCGCAUGCCUUACUUUAAUAAUUUUACAAACAAUAUUUGCCUACUGUGUACCUAAAACCUCAGAACUAGCAUGGCCAUCAGUUUUAAUUCCAUUCGGUUAUAUUCCUGCAGCUUUACUAGUUCUAACAGCAAUUUCAACUUUAAUUGCUGGAUUAUCAGAUUCAGAAAUGUGGAGUACAAUGAGUGUUGUUAGUUGUGUAUUCCCAUUGAUAAUGACAACAGCUGUUGCAUGUACAACUUUACAACAAUAUGCAGAUCGGUCUUUGUAUAAAUCAAGUAUGCUGAUUAUGGGAAUUGUUAAUAUAAUAAUUGCUAUUUUAUGUCUUACACACAGUAUUCUAUUAUGCAUUGAUAUACGUGAUUAUUUUCCAAAACAAAGACAAAGUGUUGAAAAACCUGAAGAAAAUGAAGUGAAUAAUAAACCGAAAUUAAAUGUGAAUGAUGCGCUUAAUACAGAAAUGGCUAAUCAUCAAGGAGACGUAAGUGAACAUAUUAAUAAUUCUAAUGGUUCAGUAAAUCGUCCAAGACAAAAUUGAAAAUGAUCUACUAGAAAUCAUUCAUCUAUCCAGUCUUUGAUCAAGCCUACCUUCUUACUCUAGUAAAGAGCUUGUAUUUUUAGACAUAAGUCAAUGAUUAUACUGCUCAACUACUUAUAACCAACCGAAUAAGAAUUUCUCUGGUGUUGUUUUUUUCUAAUUUAUAUAUUCUAUACUGAGUUGCCGCCGCCUCUCAAGAUGCAUUUAAGAAAUUUUUAUAGUAAAACAAGAUAAAUAAUGUGAAGAAUAAAUUCUGUAAGUUAUUGUGUAAAUAUGUAGACUUGAAAAAAAUAUAUAUGUAUAAUUUUUACACAACGUUACCUCAGUAUUCAUUAUUAACUUACCAGUACUUUUAUGAAUGUAUCUU